AUGCAACAGCCACCUUCAACAACACAAGAUAGUACAUCUUCCACUCAGCAUUUAUCAACUGUAGAAACAAUCGAGAGCACAAAAUUAACGCAACAAGCACCUUCGACGACAUUGAAUAGCACAGUUCUAACGCAAGAACUUUCUUCAACGACUAUCGAAACCACAACUUCAAUGCAACAGCCACCUUCAACAACACAAGAUAGUACAUCUUCCACUCAGCAUUUAUCAACUGUAGAAACAAUCGAGAGCACAUCAUUAACGCAACAAGCACCUUCGACGACAUUGAAUAGCACAGUUCUAACGCAAGAACUUUCUUCAACGACUAUCGAAACCACAACUUCAAUGCAACAGCCACCUUCAACAACACAAGAUAGUACAUCUCCCACUCAGCAUUUAUCAACUGUAGAAACAAUCGAGAGCACAACAUUAACGCAACAAGCAUCUUCGAAGACACUGGAUAGCACAGUUCUAACGCAAGAACUGUCUUCAACGACAAUCGAAACCACACCUUCAAUGCAACAGCCACCUUCAACAACACAAGAUAGUACAUCUUCCACUCAGCAUUUAUCAACUGUAGACUCUCCAACAACUUCAACGCAACAAGUAUCUUUAUCAACAACAGAGGAUAUAACUUCAUCUCAACCGCAUUCAUCAACCUUAGUAAUAGAAAGCACAACUACACCUAAACAAUCGACAACAACUGUAGUAACUACCACGGAUCUCAGUUACUUAGACAGACUGGGGUUUACUCCAACUACGUUUGCUGCAAUGACAACAGGGGUGUCUUUCCUCAUUUUAGUUACAAUAGGCAUAUGUGUUUUACUUGUGUAUAUUAUACAUAGAAAAAACAAAUUAAAACGUGAACCUCAAAAGAAAUAUAAAAGGGAUGAGACUUGCAACAAGAAUGAUAAGAGAAAUGUAUACAAUUCAAGAAGUUAUGCUAUAGCAUUCAAUGCAAAAAAUCGCAAGCCUUUAUUUUAUUAUUACUGGUGA